CUUCUGUCUCAGGAGGCAGCAUCUCUCUCGGGGGCCUCAGCGGCAGAGGAAGUAGCCGACGUGGACGAUGUGGAAGAUGAAGAAGUUUACCAACUUGCAGCCACGCAAGUGGCUGUCGAGCUGGCAGAGGAAUCACAAGGUGGACAACUGGCAGGCGCAGGCAGCAGCGCAGGAAGAGGAGAACACCUCUUCUGCUGCCGUGGCUGAGCAGGUGAGAGCGGCAGGGGCAGAGAGCCAGGCAGCUGCCCCACAGAGCCCCAGAGGCUGCGGCCGCGCUGUGCUGGACACACUGCAGCGCGUGGCACGCGCCACCCGGCGCAGGCUUGCGGUUGGGAUCCGGCGACGUGGCCAGAAGCCGGAGCCACAGAGGGAGGUAGAACCGGGUAUGGAGGUAGCGACAGCAGGAACAUCCACAGCAGCAGGGUCAGAGAGGCAGGACUCUGUCCUGCAAAGCCCCUGCUGUCCCCCCAGCCCCUUCCCAAGCCAUCCGGAAGCUCUCAGUGGGCAGUGGGCCGGGGCAGCAGCAGGGGCAGUGCUGCCAGUGGCAGAGAGCAAGGAGGGGGCCUGGUCUGAAGAGCUCUCAGACAUCUCCAGCCAAUCAGAGCAGUCCCAAGGGGAGGAAAGGACAGAGCAACCGCUGUCCCAUGGAGGAGACAGCAACGGUCAAGAGCUGUUUCAGGAGAAGACGAAGAAGAAGAGCAGCCAAGUCCACACCAUCUGGGUCAAGCCCUUUUACCCAGAGGUCUUGCUGGACCCCCACACUGGUUGCCAGGAGGGGCCCGGUUUCCCCAGCAGUGUGGGCAGAGAGGUGGUAGAAGAGGCAGACACUGACCUGCACAGCUCUUGUCCUGCCCUGGCGGGUCCCACGGACAGCCAGCCAGCAGCUGCUGCCCUCGCCGGAGCUCCUGAGGAAGAGGAGCACUGCACACCUGUCGCUGCCGAGGCACAAGAGGCGGCAAAGACGGCAGCUUCUCCUGCCUUGGGCGAGCAGGCGACAGCAGCAGGGCCAGGGAGCCAGGCAGCUGCCCUGCACAGCCCCUUCUGCUCCCCCAGCCCCUCGCCAAUCCAGCUACAAGCCAAUGGCCUCAGCGAGCAGUGGGCAGCAGCAAAGGCAGUGCUUCCAGCGCCAGAGGCUGAGGAGGGGGCCUUUUCCAAGUUGGGGCGAGACUUGAAUGUCUACAGCCCCCAAGAGCUGCCCCAUGGGGAACGCAGUGGAGACCAAAGCUGGAGCAGCAGAGAAAAGGGGUUCCCUGUGCCCAUCCCAUGUGAGGUAUUGGCAGAGUCUUGGGACCUUCAAGCACCCACACCGAGAGCCCGUGCCCCAGUUCGCCGCAGCAGCAGCCCUUACAUCAGGCCACAGGCCCCAACCCCGGACCGCUGUGCCCUCAGCCCCUCGCCGUGUGAGCUGGAAACUCUCAGUGGGCAGCGCGGGGGCGUCUGGUCCUCAGAGCUCUGGGACAUCUCCAGGGAGUCCCAAGGGCAAGAACACACACACCAACCGCUGUCCCAGGUGGAAGACAGCAACGACACUGAGCUGUCGCAGGACAACUGGGAAGACAUCGAGAUCUACACCAUUUGGGUCAAGCCCUCCCUCAUACCAAUCUUGCUGGAACCUCAGACUGGGGGCCAGGAGGGACCCAAAUGCCCCUGCACCAUAUGCAAAGAGGCAGCAGAACAGACAGAUGGUGACCAGCACAGCACAGCAGCAGGGGCAGAGGGCCAGGCAGCUGCCCUGCACACUUCCCCCUGCCCUGCCAGCCCCUCACCAAGCCAGCUGGCAGCUCUCAGUGAGCAGUGGGCAGUGGCAGCGGUGGGGGCAUUCCUGCCAGUGGCCCAGACAAAGGAGAGGGCCUGGUCCAAGGAUGGGAGUCUCUGGGACAUCUCCAGCCUCUUAGAGCCCUGCCAAGAGGAAGAAAACACAGCUGAAAGCUGGAGUACUGGGGGAGUAACUAGCUCUGUGUCCCUCCCGUGCGGGCCAUGGGCAGAGCCCUGGGACUCUCAAGAAGGCACAUCCACGGACGAUGAUCUGGGGGCAGUCCGGGACAUGGGUCCUUCCAACCCAAACCAGCAGUUUUACAUGGGCACAGGCACGGACUUGACGGAAGAAGGCCUUUUGCAACCCAGACCAAGGGCAAAGAAGAACUCCCAGGAACAGAAGGCCGUCAGGGGGGCAAUUUGCUGCGAGGACGACUUGCUGGCAUGGGACAGACAGUCUUCUGAGCGCUGCCAAGUCGAGCCCUCAUCAACGCCUGUCUCAGCACAGCGGCCCUCUCUCUUCAGGGAGGCGCUCCGGGCUCUGUGCGGGGCAUUCUGCUGGUCCUGCCUGGCGAGACGGGAUGGCGGCUCCCAGGGGGUGGCGGUGACCGCACCGACAUCCACCUGAUGACCGGUCACCAGUGGUGUCACCCAGGGCUCAGUUUUGGGGCCAGUCCUGCUGGUCUGUUGGUUUGGAUUGCCCUUUUCCCGGUCAGCGAGGACUUCACCUGACUGCCACGAUUUUCCAAAACCAUGGAGAGUGGCCUAGCAACUUUGUCUGCCAGCUCCCUCAGGACCUGUGGAUGAACCUCAGCGGGUCCCUUGUGCACAUUCAGGUUCCCGACACGCUCUCGAACCUGAUCCUCUGCUGCAGGGGACUUAGGCACUUCUUCUGCCAGUCCCUGCCUUUGCCUUUCUCCACUUGGGCGGCGUGGCUGGAGCACUUGCUGUUGAAGACUGAAGCACAGAAGUCCUCAAGAGCCUCAGCCUUCUCUUUGUGCAUGAUAGCCACGUCUGCCAGUUCCUUCUGGAGAGGGCCCACCUUAUCCCUAGGCUGUCUUUAGCAAGACAGCUGUAGAAGCCCUUCCUGUUCUCCUUAAGAGACAGACUCAAGCCGAGCCGGGCCUUGGCUUUCCCACCCUUGUCCCCAGCUUCCCUACCCUUGUCCCCAUCCUCCCAGACCACCUGUCCUUCUUUCCGUUCCCUGAAGUAGGAGAAUAAGUCCCCUUAAGUUCUGUAGGUUUAAGUAGGGGUAGGGAAGAAUUAGUCGAGUUAAGUUCCAUAGGAUAAAGUAGGGAUAGGUGUUAGCAGUGCUCUCCACUUGAAUUUCAAAGUACAAGGUAAAGGCCGUCUCAUGCUUUCUCUUCCCGUUUCCUGACCAAAAUUACAAACGGGGCUUUAGCAUGGGUGGUGACCUAGGAGAGCCUAGUGUUUCAGGUAGACUUGUAAGAGUUUAAA